AUGCUUAAGCAACUUGACUUUUCGAGAUUUCACCGUGGGAGCACCGACGAGCGAGAUCAGUUCUGCCGUGAGUUGAUUUCCGGGUUGAGCAAGUCAGGCUGGGUACGGCUAGUCAAUCAUGGCGUCCCUCCAGAGAGCAUUGACCGGGCAUUUGAAAUGAGUCACAAAUUUUUCGAUCUCCCAAUGGAGCAGAAACUGAAGUCACCCCAUCCUCCCACGGCUCAUCCCCAUCGGGGCUUUAGUCCCGUUGGCCUGGAGAACAUAUCAACUGUGUCUAACUAUCGCUCCUCGGCCACGCAACCCUUACUCAGGGAUAUGAAGGAGUCUUAUGACAUUGGAUCGGAACAAGAUCCGCUGUACUCCAAUAUCUGGCCCCCAGCAGGAGUUCACGAUGGCUUUCAAACGACACUCAGCUCAUUCUUCACUGUCUGUCAUGAUGCCCAGUUGACCAUUCUGGAUGCUAUUUCGAUUGGCUUAGGAUUGCCCGUUCACUCUCUGCGUGAAUUGCACACCGCACAGACCAACGAACUGCGGCUCACGCACUAUCCAGAAGUGGAUCAGGCUGACUUUGCCAAUGCCACCCGCAUUGCGGCGCACACGGAUUUUGGCACUAUCACUCUAUUGUUCCAAGACAAUGUUGGAGGCCUGGAGAUGGAACAGCCCCCUGGUAGCGGAGUGUUUGUUCCGGCUGACAGUGCUGGCCCCCAUGAGUGUAUUGUCAAUGUAGGUGAUUGUCUCCAGAUGUGGACAGGGCUGCAUAGUGCCCGACACCGGGUACAUCUGGCAAAAAGUGAAAACCAGGGUAAUAUGGUCCCAGAACGCUACUCGAUUGCGUAUUUCGCAAAACCUGAUCGUGCAGCGCUUCUUCGUCCACUACUGGAUUCGUUAGUGGACGACGACAAGCCAGUGCAAAAUUUCCUGACGGCCAAUGAGUUCCAGCACAUGCGCAUCGAGGGCACGAUUCUUGGCGGCUUAUCCGACCGACGGGCUCCGGGCCGCGUUUCCUUGGCUACACCAACCCCUCCUUCUUCUCCUCCACGCCCCCGCUAUUAUGCAAGGGGGUCCAUGUGCAUGCAGGGAAUGCAGGGAAUGCAUGCAAUUCAAGAGAAGUCAGAGAAUUCAGCUCACAAAAUCACACAGAUCAUAGAGAUCACAAUCCGCAUGGACGGAAUUGAUCUUUGGUUCCACUCCAUCUACGAUAUGGACUGGCUGGAAUUUUGCUCCAGGAUCGGGCUAUUAUUCUUGGCUGGGGCCAUUCUCUUCCUAGUGCGACGAGUGUACUUCCAUCCACUAUCAGGAUUUCCUGGGCCGAAGCUGGUCGCUGCCUCUAGCUUCCAGCAUUUUUACGCCGUGUGGAGCGGGCAAGAAAAGACUUGGUACCAAGAUUUACAUCGCAAAUACGGGCCGGUCGUUCGCUGCGGUCCCAACCACUUGACAUUCAAUGAUUUGGAUUUGAUCCCAGUGGUAUAUCAUCGCCAGAGCGACAAGACAGACUAUCCCAAAGACUUUACCUGUCCGGGCGCGGCCACCAACAAGGCCAGCUAUCUGGAGUAUGCCGCGGCCAAACGGCAGUUUGGACAAGCAUUUUCGGUAUCGCGGGUGCAAUUAUUUGAGGGUCUUGUAGAUGAAACUCUUAUCAAGUGGGUUUCUAUUCUCAAUGAGGAAACCCACACAAACCCCUCCAUAGACUGGGGCGCCUGGGUCAAAUAUUUUUCAUUUGAUGUCUACGUGCCAAUGAGUGUGGGGGAGAGCUUCGGCUUCUUAGACCACAAGUCCGAUGUGCGAAAUAUGUUGAAAAGCAGUUAUCGUAUCUUCCGGCAAUGGACGCUUAGUCGAUAUCGCCCCAUCGCUUGGCUAGCGGCCCAUACUUCUUUGGGUCGUCGUUUAUUUGUUAGCGGCCGCGACGAUUCAACAGGCAUGGGCAUGUGGACUACUGAAGUGCAUGAUAUCACUCAAAGGCGCAUUGAAACUUCCAAAACACAGGAAAAGCCAAGAUGGGAACACUCCAUGUUGGAUCAAUGGCUGGCAGCCAAAUCUGCGACAGGAGAAGGCAUUCCCCUAUCGGAUAUCGAGGACCAGCUAGUUUCAGAUGUACUUGGUGGUCCUUAUGCACUCGCCACCACGAUUAGCCAUCUGGUGACCACAAUGGCCAAACAUCCCCAGGCCGUUCGGCGAGCUCACCAAGAGAUUGAUAACGCUUUUACCCAGCAGACCCUAUCCACCCCCUCGCCCACCUACACAGAAUGUUGUGCCCUCCCCUUUAUUGAUGCCUGCGUCCGGGAGGCCAUGCGUAUCACGGCGACGGCCUCUCCUAGAUGGCGCUGCUCGCCAGACAGGCCACUGCGUCUUCUAGAUCGGGAAGUUCCUCCAGGUACUGCGGUCGCUACAAGUCCCUUCACCAUCUCCACCCACCCUCAGCUUUACGGCGAAAAUGCCGAAGAGUUUGUUCCUGAGCGGUGGCUGGAGGCCUCGGAGGAGCAGUUGCGAGUGUGGAAUGCUUAUGAUGCGCAUUGGGGAUUUGGCUAUCGCAAGUGUCCCGGGCGACACAUAGGGGUCCUGGUCCUAUACAAGACCUUGGUUACGAUUGUCCCUUCUGUUCUCACAAGCUACCGAGAGGAAGAAAGCUCAGACCCUCCCCUGGACAAAAAUACCAAAGUAUGCAUUAUCGGGGCUGGGAUUGCAGGUCUGUACCUUGCACUGAUUUUGCAGGAUCUGGAGGUCCCAAAUCUUUCCUGGGAUAUCCUUGAGGCCAAUUGGGAUCGCAUUGGUGGCCGCAUUUAUACCCAUCGCUUCUCUGAGGCGCACAAUGACUACUACGAUGUGGGUGCAAUGCGGUUUCCAGAUAUCCCCAUCAUGUCUCGAGUAUUUGAUCUCUUUCGCCGAAUGCAAGUACCAUUGAAGGAAUUCGACAUGCGGGAAAGAGACACGAACACGAAAGGCCCUGAUAUUCUCAAGACCGAAGAUUGCUCAUCCGCCAAUCUUCUCAGUCAAUCCUUCGGCCCCUAUAAGAAGGUUAUGCAAAAAAACUUUGUGCAGGGGUUCCAGCUUCUAAUGAAAGCCGAUGCAAUGAGCACCCGCGAAUAUCUCCGAGGCAACCACAAGUCAGACUUUACGACAAUCCAAUCUGCCGAGAGCGACACGACUGGCACAGGAAUGUUUGAUCAAGCCUUUUCAGAGAGUGUCAUGGACUCUUUUGACCUCGAUCAAUCCACAACAGCGUCCGAGGACAGUGGGGCAGUGAAAUGGUAUUCUGUCGACGGUGGCUCUUCCGUAGUUAUUGAGCGAAUGUGCCGUCAAAUUAACAGAAACAGCAGCAUUGAGCUCGGUAAAAACGUUCGCUGUAUUGCCCUCAAUCACAGCGCCGAUCUUUCGGUGUCAUGUGCAGGCGAGGAAGAAGCUCGCGAUGGGUAUGCGACAGUGUUUAGUACUACUCCAUUAGCAUGUCUGCAGCGCAUCGACACUAGCACACUCGAUCUUGAUCCUGUUCAAGAGGAAGCCAUCCGGUGUUUGCGGUAUGAAGACUCUACCAAGGUGGGUAUCAAGUUUGCGUAUCCAUGGUGGAUCGUAGACUGCGGGAUUCGAGGGGGCGGCAGUGUCUCAUCGACCCUCCCCUCACGGACCUGCGUCUACCCAUCCAAUAUCGCCGAAGAAAACUGGGAUCAGCCAGCCGUUUUGUUGGCCUCGUACACCUGGGGCCAAGAUGCCACCCGUAUGGGGGCUCUGAUCAAUCCGUCUUCCGUCAGCUCAGAUGGGGGUGUAGAUGAGGAGGAUGAUCUACUUGAUCUUGUCCUUCGUGAUCUCGCCCAGCAACACCGACAGCACGGAAUCACCUAUGAGAAACUGAAAAACCUGUAUCGGGAUCAUCAUGCUUUCUGCUGGGGUAAUUCACGCUUUUCGUCGGGGGCCUUUGCGCUUUUUGCCCCUGGGCAAUUCACCAAUCUUUACCCUUCUUUGUCUCUCCCAGCGGCCGAUGGCAAGUUUCACAUCGUAGGGGAGGCUGCGAGUGUCCAUCAUGGGUGGGUGGUUGGUUCGUUGAACAGUGCAUAUGUGGCGGUCUAUCGAUUCUUGGUUCGAUAUGGACAGCAACGGGCCAUCCAGAAGCUAGAGAAGAACUGGGGUACCGUGCAUGAGUUGGAUCUUGCGGGAGUUGCUCGUCUUGAUGCGUCGAUUUGA